AUGCCCAUCCCUACUUCUCAGACCCACCUGCAUCUGCCAUUCUUGCUGCUGCCUCUGCUGCUGGGACUCACAGGAUUGACAGGAGAAGAGGAGCUGCGGGUGACUCAGCCUGAGCCAUCAGUGUCGGUCGCAGCCGGAGAGGCGGCCACUCUGCGCUGCACUGUGACCUCCCUGCUCCCCGUGGGGCCCAUCCAGUGGUUCAGGGGGGAAGAGCCACGCCGGCAGCUGAUCUUCAGUUUCAAAGAUGGACAAGAAGCCCUCUUCCCCCGGGUAAUACGUAUUGGAAGCACCACAGAGAGAGACAACAAGGACUUUUCCAUCCUCAUCAGAAAUGUCACCACAGCUGACGCUGGCACCUACUACUGUGUCAAGUUCCGGAAAGGGACUCCUGAUGUGGAGUUUAAGUCUGGGGCAGGCACCGAGAUGUUUGUGCGGGCUAAACCCUCUCCUCCAAAGGUUUCUGGCCCCUCCGACAGGGCCAGUCCAGGCCAAGUAGUGAAUCUCACCUGCACAUCAACUGGCUUCUUUCCCAAAAACAUAUAUGUGAAAUGGUUUGAAAAUGGCAUGGAGCUUCCAGCCAUUCAGACCCUAGUCUUCCCGCCUGGAGAUGCUUCCUCCUACACUGUCCUCAGCAACUUGCUGGUGACUCUUUCGGUUUCCUCACUCCACUCCCAGGUCACCUGCCAAGUGGCUCACAGUGAAUUGCUGAGCCCCCUCAGAGGCCAUGUGAACGUCUCCCGAUUCCUCCAAGAACCAGCACAAUGCCUAGAAAGCUAUGGCUGCUCCUUGAGCUUGUUUUGCAUGAAGGAAGAAAGUAAUGAAGGAAGAACUAUUGUUUCAGUUGUGCCCACAGUGAAUAUAUCAGCACACCACGUCCCGACACUCCAGGCGGCCUUCCUCAUCUGCCAAGUGCAAGGGUUUUACCCCGAAGAUAUACAAAUCACAUGGAUGAGAAGCAGCAGAUUCUCUGACACCUGUGAGGCCCCUGGCCCCACCAAGAACCCAGAUGGCACAUUCAACCAAGACAGUCACAUCCUGGUCCACACUUCAGAGUGGGAAGACAAAAGGCUGUUCACCUGCCAGGUGUAG